GACAAUGUGACUACUCGUUUACUUACUAAUACAAAUGAUGGAAAUUCACGUUCACAAGGUUUAUUAUCUGGAUUAGGUCGUCGUGUUUCGAAUUUUUUCAGUAUGGUUUCUUCAACCACAAACAAUGGGCCAGGAAAGUUAUUACCAGCUCGUGGUGGUGAAAAUUUU